CUCUCACCUCACCUCUUCCUCCUCAACCCACCCCACCUCCCACCUCUCGCCACCGUGUGGUCCGCCCGCGACACCCCCCCCAGACCAUCCUCCUCUAACCGAACCACCAGGAAGAAGCACCAAGCAAAAGCCGCAGAGCUCGAUCUCUCGCGCUGGGAUCGUCGUCUACCACCACCACCAACAACAACCGUAUCGGUCCUUCCUUCCUCUACCUCUGAACGAGAACGCGAACGCGCCGCCCUGUGAUUACUACGACCCCAGCAUGUGCUCAGGACCUCGCAAGCCGUCCACUCCUCCUCUGCCAACGGCGACGGCCAAGGACUCCUCGGCGAUGACGGCGGCGGCGGCGGUCCUUCUGGAGCUGGCGGCGGCGGACGACGUGGUUGCCUUCAGGCGCGCCGCGGAGGACGACAAAGCCCCGGCCUUGGACGCCGUGGCCCACUGGUACGGCCCGUCCGCGGGCGCCGGCCGCCUCCGCCUCGAGGCGCGCACGCCGGCCAUGGUCGCCGCGCUCUACGGCAGCGCUUCGGUGCUGGCGUACGUGCUGUCGUCCGCGCCGGCGGAGGCCGCGCGCGCGUCGCCCACGGACGGAGCCACGCCGCUCCACCUCGCGGCGGCCGGUGGCGCCGCGGGCGCCGUCGCGGCCACGCACCUCCUCCUCGCCGCGGGCGCGUCCGCGGACGCGCUCGCCUUCUCGGGACUCCGCGCUGGGGACCUCCUCCCGCGCGCCAACGCUGCCGCUGACAGGGACCGGGCGCUCCGCGUGCUCCUCAAGUCCCCCGCCGCGUCGCCGUCGUCCUCGCCCAAGAAGUCCGCCUCGCCUCCGCCGCCUUUGGCCGCGGCGGCGGCGGCGGCGGCGGCGGCGCUGCCGGCGGAGCCGAGGAAGGAGUACCCGCCUGACCUCACGCUCCCUGACCUCAAGAGCGGGCUCUUCAGCACCGACGAGUUCCGCAUGUACAGCUUCAAGGUGAAGCCCUGCUCCCGCGCCUACUCCCACGACUGGACCGAGUGCCCCUUCGUGCACCCCGGCGAGAACGCGCGCCGCCGCGACCCGCGCCGCUACUCCUACAGCUGCGUCCCUUGCCCGGAGUUCCGCAAGGGCGGCGCCUGCCGCAAGGGCGACAACUGCGAGUACGCGCACGGCGUCUUCGAGUGCUGGCUCCACCCGGCGCAGUACCGGACCAGGCUCUGCAAGGACGAGGUCGGCUGCGCGCGACGCAUCUGCUUCUUCGCGCACAAGCCUGAGGAGCUCCGCGCCGUCAACCCCUCCGCGGUUUCCGUCGGGAUGCAGCCCACCGUGUCGUCGCCGCGCUCCUCGCCGCCCAACGGCCUCGACAUGGGCGGCGGCAUGCUCAACCCGGCCUGGCCCUCCUCACCGGCAAGCAGGCUCAAGACCGCGCUCGCCGGCCGGGAGCUGGACUUCGACCUCGAGCUGCUCGCGCUAGACCAGUACCAGCAGAAGCUCUUCGACAAGGUGUCGUCUCCCAGGGCCAGCUGGGGCUCGGCCGGCGGGAUCGGCUCGCCGCUGCCCGCCGCGUCGCCCGCCAGGACCGUGCCGGACUACACGGACCUGCUCGGCUCCGUCGACCCGGCGAUGCUGUCCCAGCUGCACGCGCUGUCGCUCAAGCAGGCCGGCGACAUGCCGGCGUACAGCUCCAUGGCGGACACGCAGCUGCAUAUGCCGACGUCGCCCAUGGUCGGUGGCCCCAACACCGCGUUCGGCCUCGACCACUCCGCCAUGGCCAAGGCCAUCAUGAGCUCCCGCGCCUCGGCGUUCGCCAAGCGCAGCCAGAGCUUCAUCGACCGCGGCGGCCGCGCGCCGGCCACGCGCUCGCUCAUGUCGCAGCAGUCCACCACCGGCGCGCCGUCCAUGCUCUCCGACUGGGGAUCGCCGGACGGCAAGCUGGACUGGGGCGUCCAGGGCGACGAGCUGCACAAGUUCCGCAAGUCGGCGUCUUUCGCGUUCCGCGGGCAAUCCCCGGCGCCCGUGCCCACCCCCGCCGAGCCAGACGUCUCGUGGGUGAACUCUCUUGUCAAGGACGGCCACGCCGGCGACAUAUUUGCGCAGUGGCCGGAGCAGGAGCAGAUGGUGGCCUAAUUUGAUUCACCGAUCAUCACUGGCUCAUAGCAUCUAGCUGACCAAAGUUCUUUCCUUCAAUUAUUUUUUCCCCUUUGUUUGCUUAAUUUGAUUCAUAUGAGAUGUUUUUUACUAGUACAUAUAUAUAGGCUGUUCACAAUAAUAUUUGUUCAUCAACAAGAAGCAUAUAUGGAUGCCCAAAGGGAGCUCUAUAUUGAUGAGGAAGGAAGAACAACCAAUCUUUUACUACUUCCAUCGGUUUAUAUAUAAAUAGUUGUACACACGAAUUCCUACAUACAAAGAGUUUAUGUUUAUAUUACUUUGAGAUAUAUAUAUAAGAUAUCGGGAGGACAGUAAGAUUUGAUUCA